AUGUCGGACUCCCCCCAAUCUCCUCCCAAGGAUGUCGACCACGGUGCACAGUCACCCGACGAGGAAGGACAAAUGAACGAGACUCAGGACACACAGUCUGCCGGCCUGGCUAGCUACGAGUUCGAGGGCGUUAAAGAGCAGGAUAGGUGGCUUCCCAUAGCCAAUGUCGCUCGCAUCAUGAAGAACGCCUUGCCCGACAAUGCAAAGAUAGCGAAGGAGGCAAAGGAGUGCAUGCAGGAGUGCGUCAGCGAGUUCAUCUCCUUCAUUACCAGUGAAGCCUCGGAGAAAUGCCAGCAGGAAAAGCGGAAAACCGUCAAUGGCGAGGACAUCCUGUUUGCCAUGACUUCCCUAGGAUUCGAGAACUACGCCGAGGCCUUGAAAGUCUAUCUUUCCAAGUACCGCGAGCAACAGAACCAAUCGAACAGGGAUAGGGCCAUGGAAAACACCUGGGGAAGCUCUAUGAUGCCUGGCGAAAAAGGCGAGCCUUCGUCUGCUGGUGGGGACUACGCCGCCGAAGGGUCGGCCAACGCUGACGGUGGUGCGGAUCCCAACUACAUGUACAGCUCGCACGCCACACACAACGGUGCUGGCGCCGGAGAAGGAUACUAG